UAACCCAAUAUUUUUUUGUAGUUCUCUCUUCAUCAUAUCUUAACAUAUCAUUAUAUUUAUAUAAAUGGGUUUGCCAUACUUGAGUCUUAUUAGAAGAAGUAAUUAUAUUAUAACAACUCUAAAACUCUUUCAUCAUCAAAUCACUAAUGCUACUUCUAAAUUUUAUUCUUCUUCUCUAUUUUCCCAUCUAAAACACUUUCUCACACUCAUAAAUUUUUUUAAUAAUACUAUUAAUCAUGAUCACGAGGAUGAUCAUGAUCACGAUCAUGAUCAUCGUCGUCCUCCUCCUUCAUUAGUGGCAGUCCCGGCCGUGUUUUUUAUCACGGCCGGUGAGUCAAUCAAGAAGCGAAUUCCAAUGAUGCCCUACAACACCUUGUUGGAGAAGAGUAACACUGGAUCAUCACCACCACCAUCAUCAUCAUGUAAUUAUUGCAUUGUGUGUAUGAAUGAGAUAGAGGGUAAGGAAGAGGUGAGAGUGCCAAUCAACUGUUGCCACGUGUUCCACAAAGAGUGUUUGGAUGCUUGGGUUGACCAAGGUCAACCUUCUUGUCCUCUUUGCCGAUCCAAGUUGUUGGCACAAAAUCAAGAUGAUGAUGAUGAUGAUGAUGAUCCAUGGAGGAAGGAGAGGAUGAUGUACCUUUUUGGAGAUGAUUAUCUCUUUGGUCACCACAAUUAAUAAUCAUUAUUAAUAAAUAGUUACUUCUUCAAUUAUUUUAUGAUAAUUGUAUAGUUUCUCCUAGGUGUACCUAACACAUAUAGAAUUUAUCUAUAUAAAAAUUGAAGGAAAAAAAGAGAUAUAAAUAUACAAUAUGAUUAGACAAGUGUAAUGAUAUUCUAUCAUUAAUUGAUAGCCUUUUUUUCCAAUAACAAAAUGGGGAUCACUAUCACUUGCUAAAAUAGGAGUGUCAUACUUUACCUGUUGUUUCUGUUUUAAAUAAGUGUUAUUGGACACCAAUAAUGUCUAAUAUCUUUAAAUAUGUUAUUUUAUGAUUGAUUAGCGCUA